AUUUUCAUUACAUAUCAAACAUCCGCAACAUGGGAUCUGACAUCACACAAGAGUUCCACAAGUUGGCCAAGUGGAAAGCACACCAUCGACAGGAAGACAAGGAAGAUGCGCGCCACCCAUCGAGCCCCUUCAUGCAGACAGCAGUGGACAUUCUCCACGACAUGCAAAAGAUUGCGUCCUUCUGGGAAGCGAAAAGGAAAGCGUACUUAAAUCCGGCACACUUCCUACCGAGCAAAGCCAUGGCCUUUACCGACAUGGAGCGCGAAGAGCUCGAAGAUAGUGUGUUGGACUCGUACAAGCUAUGCGAGCAGCGCGUGGGUGAGCUCAAGCUAUUGGUCUUCCCAGCGCACGGCAUACCCCAGCAAGUGGUCAAGGUCCGGUCCGAAGUCGUGCAUUACUUGUCUGAUCGCAUCCAACGGGGCGUCGCAUCGACCAAAGACGAGCAAAAGAAACGUCUCCAACGCCCGUUCUUCUUGUCUAAAAAACUUGUUCCGAACGGCAUCGACUUGAGCCGUCAGGCCAUCGUCCUGCCGAAACCAAAUGCCACGUCCACUUCAACUUGUGCUUCCACCACCAGUACUCCAGCGACAACGCUGUCGCAUGAGAUUGAUACACAAACUUCCCUCGACAUCCCCGUGCCCACCACUAGUACUACUACUACUACUCCCACCCCCCCAUCGGUUCCUUCCCCCUUGAGGACCUCCACAUCAUCGACAACAAUGCCAUUUCAACCGCCUUCUGACGACGCCGUCGUGUUCACCGAGGCAGAGUCGCGUCAGUUUCACGCAGAAAAUGUCCAACUACAUCGCCACCUGCAUGAAGAAAUCGACGCCGCGCGACGCGUGGAAAAGCAAGUGCACGACAUCCAAGGCAUGAUGCAUCAGUUCGCGUCCGAGAUUGGUGGCCAAGCGGAGAAAAUGCACGUGGUGGCGCAAGAAGCCGAGGCGGCGGCGGACAACGUCGGCCACGGCAACCUCUCGCUCAAGCACGCAGCAGACCACGGCCACGGGUUUGGGUUUGCCAUCUUUUGCUGCUACCUGGCUGCGUCUACGCUGCUGCUCUUCUUCCACUACUAUUAAAGCAUCCAUGCACUCCUACUUACUGUAGUACAUAGUGGUGGCUAAAGCCAGUGUGUGAUGAUCGCGAGUGGUUUGUCUGAUGCUAAUGAAGUCGUGCCGCCGCUCGAUGUCCUCUAUCAGGGCUUCCC